AUGAUGACUUCUUUGCACACAUCCCUAGCCAUGAUUCUAGUUACAGUAAUUAUUAAGGCCUCUAUUGUUGCCGGAUGCACAUCUGAUAGUGACUGCGGUGGUGUGUCUGGCUCUUGUACAAUCUCUAUAAAUGAUCUCAAAUACUGUUCUAAAUGUGCAACAGAGAAGGUUCCUAUAAACGGUAGAUGUGUAUCUGCAAAUGACGCACAAGGAAACGUUUGUUCGGCAGCAGGAUGCACUAGAUGUACUAAAGGUUAUUUUCUCCAUUACGGUAGCUGCUUCAACAUCAGCACGGACAGCGCUGGAAGUCUAGUAUGUGACUUUGUUGAUGAUGAGAAUGAGCAACUGGUUGACGGUUAUUGUACUCAGUGCAACCAAGAUGGAUAUACUGAUAAUCCGAAGAAAUCCUCCACAACUCAGUCUUGCAUUGCAUGCUUUGAGUCAGAUGGUACUUCCGGGUGCAACCUGUGCACGGCAAUUCCAGACGAUGGCAGCACAGGCGGUUUUGUGGUCAUCUGUCAUGGCUGCGCUGACAGAGACAAAGUAGCCAUAGACAACAAGUGUGUUCCCAUCGGAGGCGUAGAGGAUGCCCUUUCGGGGUGUGUGCAUUCUACGUCGUCUGGAUCUACAUAUUGUAACCGUUGUGGAGCAGGCUUUCUGCAGUUUGCAUCCACGUGUCUUUUGGCCAACGGAAAUUAUGCCCCCAAAAUCUGUGAAGUAUCCAAUCAGAUUCACGUAGCUGAUACUAUAUGCUGCAAGCAAUGUAAGAACACCGGUUUAGCGAUUAUAGACGGUGAUUGUAGUGACUUUAACCUUAUGUGCACAUGUAGUGGUGGACGGUGUACACAGUGUGCUGAGAAGAAGUUUGUUUACCACUAUGGAGGCUGCUAUCACAGGUACUCCACUCUGGCUAGGUCCAUCUGCUCUGGAGAUGUGGAUGUCGGUGGCAGAUGCCUGCAGUGUAACACAAGCACAGCAUCUGGUCUGUUCACCAAUCCUACUGCGAGUGAUAUGCAAGCAUGCGUUUCAUGUAGCGAUACAGCUAGACAGGGUAUUGCAAACUGUGUGGAGUGUUCAUAUGCGCAAUCCACAUUAACUUGUACGAAAUGCUCUGAUGGAUCGGUUCCUCAAAAUAAUCACUGCAAUGCUGUUACGCCGCCUGGACCUCCCGAGGGUGACUGUAGCAUCCUUGCAUGCAAAACGUGCAACACUACGGAUACGACAAGGUGUGCUGUGUGCCACAUGCGCACCUAUCUUGCUCUUGAUAAUAAAACGUGUGUGAGUAACUGCAGCACUCAGAACAGUGAUGACAAUCACUACUAUGGAGACAGUGCUACUGGUGCCUGCGAGAAGUGCCAUUCCAGCUGUAGGGCUUGUGUAGGCCCUGGAGAAAACCAGUGUACAGACUGUGUCCCGGAACAGUAUGUUCCAGGAUCAGUGGGAAACUGCAUUGCUUGCUCAUCUACCCAGUCUGGCAGUACCUUUACAGGGAUACCAAACUGCAUUCGCUGUUACAAAGGCGGUUACACGACGACUGAGUUAAAAUGUAGUGCUUGUACUACCGGAAUGGUUCCCAAUUUUAAUCAGGUUCACUGCAUCUCUUCAACUUCAUGCUCAAUGAAAAAUUGCGAGCUUUGCCAGACAGAUCCGUCAACGUGUGAUCGCUGUCAGGAGAACUUCUUUCUAGCACCCGACGGAUCCUGUGUAUCCGAUUGCGCGACUCUUGGUCCUUACAUUGGAAACACACAGACCCGGAAAUGCAUUCAUUGCGGCGAAGGGUGUAUGAGCUGUAAUUCUGAUCUUUACUGUACCAGCUGUCAAUCAACCUAUGCUAUUGUCAACAAUAGGUACUGCUUUAAGUGCGAUUCAACGGACAGUGGCUCUCUCAUUAUGGGGGUUCCCAACUGCACCAAGUGCAAGGCUCCGUCCACUGGACAUGGCCCUGUUCAUUGCCUUGAGUAUAGCACCCAACCUCAGAAUGAGACAGGGUCUCGAUCUAAUGCAACAGGUAUCGCAGUAGGGGUUACUAUCGCAAUAUUGGCAAUAGCAGGCGUAAUAGGGUUUCUUGUCUGGUGGUUUGUAUGUAAGAAAAAGACUAAUAAGGUGAACAUGCCUCCAAAACUCUCUAGCAAUUCUUCAAUAGUGAGCUCACGAAUCGGACUAAUGUGA